AUGAUAAAGGUUUCAUUUAUUUUAUUUUUAGUUUUUUGUCUUUUAAUAAUUGUAAAAUCUGAUAAAGAAACAUAUAUUCCAUUAAGUAAUUAUGAAAUAAUAAACAAAUUUAGCGUUCGUGUCUUGAAAGAAUCAUCUAUAAAAUGCGGUUUAGAAACUAACGAUGAAGCAGAAAUAGAAAUGAGGACAUUUUCUCCUGGAGUAAGUAUUAUGCCUCAAAUAUUAUCGGAUUAUCAAUUUGGCUAUGCUAACCAAAAAUUUAUUGUUGGAGAGCAUAAUAUUGAUCCUUUAAACAAGGGUUUAAGAGGAAUGUGUGUUGGUGAAUUGAGGUUGAGUAUACUAAUUGGAGAUAUGGGAAAAAUAUAUUAUGAAAUAACUUUAAAAGAUUAUAAGAAAAAUGUGAGAAAUACAGAACUUUAA